AACACUGGGGGGAAUAACACUGGGGGGAAUAACACUGGGGGGAAUUACACUGGGGGAAUAACACUGAGGGGGAAUAACACUGGGGGGAAUAACACUAGGGGGAAUAACAGAGGGAAUAACACUGGGGGGAAUUACACUGGGGGGAAUUACACUGGGGGAAUAGGGAAUAACACUGGGGGGAAAAACACUUGGGGGAAUAACACUGAGGGGAAUAACACUGGGGGAAUAACACUGGGGAAUAACACUGAGGGGAAUAACACUGGGGGGAAUGGGAAUAACACUGAGGGGAAUAACACUGGGGGGAAUAACACUGAGGGGAAUAACACUGGGGGGAAUAACACUGGGGAAUAA